CCUCCCCGAGCUCAAGCGCGCAUGCUCCGUCCUUAAACACGUGGCCGGGAUCGGAGCGAGCAAUGGCGACGGCUGGAGCGGGCAGCGUGUACGAUGCGCUCCCACCUCCCAGCGCGUUCACCCCGGGAAGGAGAGACCUGCUGGCCCUGUCAGGCCUGGAUGGGAGGAUCGCCGUGUGGGACAGCCGAGGAGGGGGGCUCCGCAAGGAGUACGUGCCCUCCGCUCAUCUCAGCGCCACCUGUACCUGCCUGGCCUGGGCGCCUUCCAGAGGGGGACAGGAAAGUCAUCAGAAGAAGAAGAGGAAAUCGGAAUCUGCGGUCAAAGAUGAACAAUACGACCUCCUCACAAUCGGCACAGCAACCGGCACCAUAUUAUUGUACAGCAUCGUCAGAGGAGAACUACAAAGCAAACUGGUUGGUGGCCAUGAUAGCCGAGUAAACUGCAUCAGGUGGCAUCAGGACAAUGGUUGUCUGUACAGUUGUUCAGAAGACAAACACAUUAUAGAAUGGAACACACAGACCUGCAAAGUGAAAUGCAAAUGGAAAGCAGACAACAGCAGCGUCAGCUGUAUGUGUAUAAGUCCAGAUGGAAAAAUGCUGCUGUCUGCGGGGCGGACUAUCAAACUGUGGGACCUGGAAACCAAAAAUGUCACCAGGCAAUUCACCGGGCACUCGUCGGCAGUCACGUCCCUCAUCUUCCUACGACCUCCGGGGGAGUCCCAUUCAUCCAGUGACACAACAGGCCUGUAUUUCCUGUCUGGAGCGUUACACGACCGGUUAAUCAGUGUGUGGCAGGUGCGGACCGAAAAGAAAGCGACGAGCGCAGUUCUGUCCUUUACACUCUCAGAUUCUCCGGUUGCUGUAGACCUGGCGCCUUCAAACGGCAAAGACGAGCCUCUGAAGCUGGCCGUGGUGUCCAGGGAUGGACAGCUGCACCUAUUCAAACACGUGUUAAAUGGGAACUAUAAGAAGCCUGUUGCUCCCACCAGUACAGUACAGAUAGCUACGUCGGGCAACGAUGAGAGCUCCACGCCAAAGCCGGUACCCAUUCUCUCUGCUGCCUUCUACCCGGAUGGAGAGUCUAUGUUACUUUACUAUGGCAGCACCAUGCAGCCAGUCAUUGAGCAAGUGGCCUUUCAAACAGAUGAACCCCACAUAUGCUUAGUGCGAGAUACCCACAAGUCUGCACCAGUUAAAAGAGACACAGCAGUAACCAAGGUGAAAACGCCUGUUGUAAAAUCAUCGGGCACAAAUGUCCUCGUCCCCGGAAUUCCAGGACACAGUGCUGCUUUAUCGGCAGCAUCCCGAUCUGCGCAGUCGGAUAGGAAGCGGAAACCCAAUGACAAGGAGGCCACUAUCGAGGAACGGCUUGGUGCUAUGGCUGUGGAUGUCGAACCUCCCAAAGUGCAGAGUAAAGGCAGACUGCCACAGACAGACAACUUUUCAGUGCUGCUUGCGCAGGGUUUGGAAAGCAGUGACCCCCACAUCUUAAAUAAAGUAUUCCAGACCAAAAAUGACACUCUGAUAAGGAAGACCGUGGCACAGAUACCGUUGUACUCUGUCCUACCGCUCGUACACGAGCUCACCAAAAGGUUACAAGGACAUCCAUCCAGUGCGAUAUUGAUGGUACGCUGGAUGAAGUCGGUUCUCAUUAAUCAUGCAUCCUAUCUUUCUACAUUACCAGAUUUGGUCCCUCAACUCGGCUCCCUAUAUCAACUCUUGGAGGCGCGGGUGAAGACUAUGCAGAAAAUGUCCCGUCUGAAUGGAAAGCUCUAUCUUCUCAUCUCACAGGUGAGGCCUUCUGGGAGUAAGGUGCUCAAAGCCAACCAGGACGCCAAAGUGGUGUAUGAGGAAGAGUCUUCAGAUGAGGAAGCCGGAGAAGAUGAGCAGGAUAAUAACUCUGAUGAUAAUUGGGAAGAAGAGGAGGAGGAGGAGGAGGAUGAUGGUGAAGCUGAGACGUCGGGAGAGUCUUCAGAGGAAGACAUGAACGUGGACAAAGUAAAUGGCGAUUCUGACGGAGAUUCCGGGGACGAAAGUGAAUAGCAGUUUUCCGGUGUAAGGGAAGAUCGCCCUACAGUGCCCAAAACUGGCCGGCCCUCCACUGUGCCGACUCUUCUAGGCUGUGCUGGAAGAUAGGUGACCUCAGGAGGAUUGGGAGCUUAGACCAACCUACAGAAUGUUUAACCGUGUCUGCCUUUUCAGUGAGAAUCCCACGCGCCCUCCCUGUUCCGAUCCUCAACAACUGGUAGAGACCAUUCUCUGAUGUUUCAUCCACAACCUUCGGUUAAUUUCCACAUACAUUUCUGCGCUCAUUUCUG